CCCACAAUCUCCAAUUCUCCAUCGUAGCAAAAGAAAAUCCACCACCUCACUCAUCACGCACGCGAGGCCCAAACCCUAGACAUGGCGACGUCGACGGCGACGGCGAGGACUCCGACCAAGGCGGCGGCGGCGGCGGCGGGGGGGAGGGCGGCCGGGAACACCACCCCGUCCUCCAAGCCCGCCUCACGCGCGCGGCUCUCGCACGCCUCCUCGGAGAACGCGCACCCCAACAUCCCGGCGGCGGCGGCGGCGGCGGCGGCGGCGGGGGAGGCCGGGACCCCGUCCAAGAACCCCACCCUGGCGCGGCUCUCGCACGCCUCGUCGGAGAACGCGCACCCCAACAUCCUGGGGUCCCCCCCGCCGUCGAAGCCCGCGAAGUCGCCGACCACCGCGUCCAAGUCUGCCUCCGCCUCCGCCUCCGCCAGGAAGAAGAUCUCCACGCCGGCGCCGCCGCCGCCGCCGCGGGAGAGGCGGUUCCUCGUGGCGAAGAAGAGGGCGCGGCGGAGGCGCAACGGCGCCAAUGGAGGCGGCGGCGGUGGCGGAGGAGGCGACUUCGACUUCGACAAGUGCAGGGAGGCCGCCCGCGAGGCCCUGCGCACGUCUCACGAGGAGUUCUUCCGCAAGGAGCGCGCCGCAUCGGCCGCAGCAGCAGAGGAGCAGUUGCAAAAGGAGGAGGAGGAGGAGAAGGCGGCCGCGCAAGAAGCCAAGAAAGGAGCAUUGGAGACAUUGGAGGAGGAAGAUGUAGCGGAACUGGAAGGGAGCAGCAAAGUGAGGGCGCUGAGGACCAAAGUGAUGACCAAGGCGUUGAGCAGCGUCCCUGAUUCUGGCGCUGGUCGUGUCAAGCACCUUGUGCAGGCCUUCGAGAGCAUCCUCUCCAUCUCUGGAGCCACCUCUGACGCCGACAGGGCCGGUGAGGGGUCCUGGGCGCUCCCCGGGUUACAGGCAUGGAAGGAAGAUUGCGAGGGUAAGAUAGGGAUGCCGCCGGUGUCGGUGUCCUCUUCUGCUGAGUUCUUGAAUGCAGGACCGAACAGGCUCUGUUCUUCACUUGAUGGGAAAAGCGACAGGUUGAGUUGGGACAGCCGGACAUCGGCAGGGGGGUGCAGGAGCAGGCGAAAUACAUCGGAGUCGCUAAGAAGCAGUUGGAACAAGAAACUGAAGGUCACAAGCCAGCAUCCGUUCAAGCUGAGAACCGAGCAACGGGGAAGGGUGAAGGAACAACAGUUUAUUCAAAAAGUACAAGAAAUGCUUAUGGAGGAAGAGCAGCAACGUAUACAUAUUGCACAAGGACUUCCAUGGACAACAGAUGAACCUGAGUGCUUGAUAAAGCCACCAGUCAAAGAAACCACCGAGCCUGUUGACCUUGUUCUGCACAGUGAUGUACGAGCAAUUGAACGUGCAGAAUUUGAUCAAUAUGUGUCAGAAAGGAACAAGUUCGCUGAGCAACUAAGGCUGGAGAGGGAGCGGCAGCAGAAGCUGGAGGAGGAAGAGAUGAUCAAGCAGCUCAGGAAAGAGCUGGUUCCUAAAGCUCAGCCAAUGCCGUACUUUGAUCGGCCGUUCAUUCCAAAAAGAUCUGCAAAACCAGCAACAGUUCCAAAGGAACCAAAAUUUCAUCCUCGGCCGGAAAAACAGUCAUGUUUAUGUCGACAGCGAUGCAUGGACACCGGAAUGCUGAUUUCAUCAUGUCUUCAUGAUCAGUCGACUGUACUUGCUGAGAAAUCCAAGGCAUUGCCACGCAUGUUCUAGAUUCUUUGAACUAUCUGAACCGGAAACAAAAUCACAUUAAAUUUUUGUAUCUUCAGUUGUCCCCUCGAGUUCUUUUUAUGUACAUGCCUUAUCAGUAGCUCUGUGCUUCAGAUGCAACCACACCGAGGUUGAGAAGUUGUACAAGGAACAUAAAAGUGGAAAUUCAAACAAGAAUUUCUAUGAUAUGCUGCAGUAGUAUUCUUGUACUCAAAACCUUCGUUCUUGCCAAAUCAGAAAUACCAUCGUGUUCAUAUAUAUACCUUGGUUCUUA